AUGCACCAUCUUUUGGCCGCUGGGGCAGCUGAACUUGGAACAGGCAAGAAGCACUUUGUGAUUGCGGGGAGCGUCUGCUCCUCCGAUCCAGACGCGCUUUCGACCACACCUGGUCCCCUUGAUGAACAUGAUUCUGACUGGCCUUUUGCAAGAAUGUGCUACGAAGGACCUGACAUCGGGAAAUUGUACAUACACCAACGCCUUCGGCGGUCGCAAGCUCGAGGCAAGAAGCGCCCGAGCACUUACAAGGACGAGGUUGACUGUCUCAGACUCCAGGCUGGACUGGAUAUGGAUUGCGCCUACUGA